AUGAAUGGCUCCGAAAUCAAAAAGGCCGUAAAGAACCAAGCACAAAAAGUAGCCACAACCGCUGCCAUGGCCGCAAACAAUGGCAAUGGCCAGAAGAAGCGUAGGAAGGGGGACAACCUCAAACCCAUCAUCACAACCGACGGUCACAUCACUCACAGUGGUCAAGGUUCACCAGCACAAGUAGAAUCUCCUAUCUCUACCUCCUCCGAAGAAGAUCCUGCCGAGGCUACUGCUGAUGAAGAAGAUUCCGAAGAUUAUUGCAAAGGAGGCUACCAUCCCGUCUUCGUAGGAGAGACAUAUAACAACGGUAAAUAUAUCGUCGUACGCAAGCUAGGAUGGGGUCACUUUUCCACCGUCUGGCUUUCAAAAGAUACCACAACAGGCAAACAUGUCGCUCUCAAGGUCGUCAGAUCUGCCGCCCAUUAUACAGAGACUGCUAUCGACGAAAUCAAGUUAUUAAACAAGGUUGUGCAAGCAAAUCCAAACCAUCCCGGUCGGAGAUAUGUUGUAAGUUUGCUCGACUCUUUCGAACACAAAGGUCCCAACGGCUUGCACGUUUGUAUGGUCUUCGAAGUCCUCGGGGAGAACUUGCUAGGCCUAAUCAAAAAAUGGAACCACAGGGGCAUCCCCAUGCCUCUGGUCAAACAAAUAAUAAAACAGGUCUUGCUGGGUCUUGACUACCUGCAUAGAGAGUGUGGUAUAAUACACACAGAUCUCAAGCCUGAAAAUGUGCUUAUCGAAAUUGGUGAUGUCGAACAAAUCGUCAAAGCUUUCGUCAAGGACGAGGGAGAUAAGCCAAAGGAGGAUAACAGAAACGGCCGAAGACGGCGUAGGACGCUGAUCACAGGCAGCCAACCUCUACCCAGUCCUUUGAAUGCAAGCUUUACCAAUAUCGAUAAGAUGCCGCAUGUACCUAGUAGCCUGAAUCAGGUCAUGAAUGAAAGUGGUGCCUCGACUCCAACUCAACGUCCACCCGGACCAGCUUUGUCCAUGAUUGAACAAUUACAGCUCAAGUCAAAGAAGUCGAAAGAAAUGCAAGACGACGAAGUGCAAAAACAGCGAGAAAAGACUACAGAACCCAUCGAACAAGAUCUUGCUGGUGUGAAACUCGACACCUCGUCGAACACGCACAACGAAACAGAAAAAGUGGCCAAGGCUGCAUUGGAAGACAACGCGAUAGGAGAUCUGAUUUCGGUCAAAAUUGCAGAUCUCGGGAAUGCUUGUUGGGUCGGCCAUCAUUUCACAAACGACAUCCAGACACGGCAAUAUAGAUCACCCGAGGUCAUACUAGGCUCGAAGUGGGGUGCUAGUACAGACGUUUGGUCGAUGGCAGCUAUGACCUUCGAGUUGAUCACAGGCGAUUACCUGUUCGAUCCUCAAUCAGGCACUAAAUAUGGCAAAGACGACGAUCAUAUUGCACAGAUUAUUGAACUUCUUGGUCCUUUUCCGAAACAGCUUUGUUUACAAGGAAAGUGGUCGCAAGAAAUCUUCAAUCGAAAAGGAGAGCUUCGGAAUAUACAUCGCCUACGUCAUUGGGCUCUUCCAGAUGUGUUGAAAGAGAAGUAUCAUUUCUCACCGGAAGAAGCCGCCCAAAUCAGCGAUUUUCUCACUCCUAUGCUAGACCUGUUGCCAGAAGGUAGAGCAAAUGCUGGAGGCAUGAGCAACCAUGAUUUCUUGAAGGGCACAAAAGGCAUGGACAGUAUACAUCUUGACAUACCUGUCGGUUCAAAAGGUGAAGGUAUAGAAGGCUGGGCUACUGAGAUUAAGAAGCGGUAG